AUAGAAUCGUGUGAAAGCUUUUGCGAGUUUGAAACUGAUAUCACGAUGACGUAUGUCACAAGGAUAGUACGAAGUUAGUUCUGAACCAUGUCAAGCGUAAUCAGAUUUUUAAAAUGUUAUGAAACUCUAAUUCCAAGACAUUUUGAAUGUUUUGAUAUUUAUUACAUCUUUUACGCGGAGUAAUAUUAAUUGUGCAAAAUUGUGCAUUGUACAUAUAUAUGAUACGAUAAGAAAAAAGAUUUGAAGCUGCAAUAUGGAGGUUGUUGAGACUUGUUCAAAAAGGAAGGCCUUGCCAUCUGCCAAAACGAUAACAUGUCCAUGCAAGACAAAAUACAAAAGAUACGUGCAGCCUCCACGUGCAAAAUCCUUCGCACCGGAGCAAUUAUACAAAGUACCAUCGCAACAAUUCGAAGACAGAACGACGUAUCACUUAUCUUAUUUAGAUAUGGAUCGCGCAGCGGCACGUUGUGCACGAUUGCAACCAAUUCGGCCCGUCCACAGUCUUCAAAAAAGUACUGGCAAAUUUUUUGACGAAACGAUAAACAAAUUAUGCUAUAAACCCAUAUGGCAAAUCGUUAAAGCAAAGCCUAUCAUACCGAAACGUAGACCGGUGACGGACAUGGGUACGAUGGAAACUGUAACGACGGUUCGUCACGAUUACGUGGCAAAACACGUGGAAAGACCAGAGAUGAUUAUACCCUGCGGAAAUAUUCGCACAAGUCCGGCUCCGCUGGAUGAUAGAACGAUGGCAAGACUGUCUUACAUGUCUCCAGGACCUAUCAAACCUGUAAUCAGUUUCAAACCGACAUUAAAAUACCAACCACCGAGUCAGCCGCUUCCCAAAGAGACUACACAAAAACUAAGCUAUCAGCCCUUUCCCAUUGAUAAAAAAGAGUUUCUUCCUUGGGCGGUGAAACCCGUGUACAAGCCACCGGACAUCGCGAUGUGCGACAAAACCACGUAUUCCCAGAGUUAUAUGGAAAAUGAUGUGGCUCCCGUGAAACCCUUCCUUCCUGUCGCGACAUACGUAUUUCCUUACGGUGCAGAAUUUGCAGAUAAAACAAUCUACAAGGAGAGUUAUUUACCAGGUGAUGCGGAACGCAUUGUGCCGUUUGUUCCUUGCGGUAAUAUCUCUAUCCCCGAUGUAAGAAUGGCCACCGAUACGACUAAUAAGCUAAGUUAUCAACGAGUCUGUACCGAGAAGAGGAAACCGUUUGUACCACCGCCCGCCAAGACUCUGUUAGCAACCGCCAAAAUGCAAUUGGAAACGACGACCCGUUGCGAAUAUGUAGGAAAAACGACGUUACGUCCGGAUCUUAUCAUUCCUUCUGAUAAUAUCCGCAUGGUCGACGCACCGUUGGAAGGAGAUACGAUUACCGGGUUGUCUUACGUAAAACCCGAUAUGAUAAAACCUGUUCGCAGCUACAAGCCUGUUAUGCAAUAUUACAGGCCAGAAAUUAAGAUUGAUUCCGAGACGAUAAAUAAAUUAUCGUACCAAACGUGGACACCGAAACCUAAAGAGGAACUCCCUUGGGUUCAAAAAGGCAAAUAUCAAGUCCCGGAACAUCCGAUGGUCACUGAUACAGUUUAUCACAUGAGUUAUCCUGCGCCAGGUCAUUUUGUUGAAGACGAUUCAUGCGCAGAGUGUCCUUGUCCGACUCAGCAGGAUAAGGUUUCAUCUGUUCCGGCAGAAGCAUCUUAAAUGCUUCUAGAUUGAAUGGUUUCUGCAUUCUGAAGAUAAAUUACAAUCUUAGAAAUAUUAUUUUAAACUUGCAAUGACCAACAUUCUAUAAUUUUGGAACAAAAAUUUUAUUACGAGUAAAAUUACUUUAGACUAAAAAAUGAAAAAUCGUUUCCUUUAAACUUUUCAAUAUUUAUUUUCCGAGGAUAAUUUAUAUUGCAAUCAUAUAAUGUUGAUAAAUUAACAGAUAGAUAAAGUCAAGAAUUUACAUCUCCUCGAGAUUUCGAAUACGGAAAAUCCGUCGGACGAAUGUGAACUCUAUUCUAAAUAUAGCGACAGCAAUAAACAGCCGAGUUACUGCACGGCUCUCUAUAGCAGUCGCGAAAGACUUGAGUUUGAUUUCCCUGCUUUGCUACUCUAUUUAAUGAAAAAAAAA